AGAGAGAGAGAGAGAGAGAGAGACCGGAAGCGGAAGUGGUUGUAGUAAAGCUGUAGCAGCUGUUCGGCUCCUCGCGCGGACUGUAACAGUAACGGUGGUGUCGGAGCAGCGCGCGCGUCAUGGUUCUGUCCUCCUCUCAGCAGCUCGUGCUGCUCUUCACCGCCGCGAUCUGCCUCUUCGUCAUCUUCCCGCGCUUCUUCACCGGCGGCAGCGCGCGAGACAACAAGGCGCUCGAUCCGCGUUUCCGGAAAGGCCCUCACCCUGGCCCCGCCCCCGGCCCCGCCCCCCCUCAGCGUGGCCCCCCUGACAACGUGCAGCAGGUCCAGCGGCUGGUGGAACAGGAAGUGAGGAAGGAGAAAGCCAAAAUCAGCAGCAACAAUAAGGGCUACGUGUUCACACUAAUGCCGCUGUACGCCAUCGGAGUCGGACUGUUCGCCGCGUACAAGUUCCUCAAGAUAAAGUCUGCAGACGACACACGCGCUCAGAAAGAGAGAACCGCCCGAGGACUCCGCAAAUCUGAGGAGACAGAGAAUCAGCUGAAUGAGCUGGAGCAGCGUUUGGCUCAGACGGAGAAAAUGUUGAACUCCAUCCUCACACAACUCGAUCCUCUGACUAACUGUGUGAAGUCUGUGGCAAUGGAUCAGAAGAAUGAGAUCAUGACCCAGCUGCAGUGUAUCCGACACCUGAUGAAGAAACGGGGGAUGCAAUACGCACCAACGGAGGCAUCAUGUGAGCGUAACCUUGACAACCUUAUCGAGUCGCUGAGCGCCAUGGAAACCCUCGGCACGGAAACGAGCACCAAACCACAGACAGCUGGAGAGAGAGACGGCGGCGAGGAGAGCGACUUCAGCAUGCCGACUCUGGAGGAGGAGCAUGAGGACGCAGUGGGCGGGGCCACAGAACACGACGAGGAGAUGAAGGAGGAGCGUGAUGAAGAAGUGGGCGUGGCCACAGAGGAGUAUGAUGAGGAUUUGUAUAAUGACGAACAGGGAGGGAACAUGGAUGAAGAAGGGGGCGUGGCUAAAAUGUGUCCGGAUGAGUUGGGGGCGGGGCUUCGCAGACGCAACAGACACGAUUAGACAUUUUUAUAUUGAUGUAUUUAUUAUUUAUUUAUUGAAUGUGACACGCUGUUAGAGCUGAUACAGUGGUUUACAUCA